GCUUAAGAGUCCUAAUUUUGACUUUUAAGCAAUGCACUAUAAGGUGGUUUAAUGUAUAGUGUCCAAGUAAGAGAAGAAGAAUAGUUGUUACUUGAAUUAGUCAAGGUCAAGGAGGCUCAAGCCAUACCAUUUGGAUAUUAAUCUUUUCAGGAAACCAGAGGAUAGAUUUAUUGUGAAAAAUAUGGAUGCUGUAAGAGGCCAAGGCAUGUAUCCUUUGCACCGUUGCAAGACUAUCCAUUUGGUGAGACAUGCCCAAGGUUUCCACAAUGUGUGCGGAGAAAAGGACCACAGUGCAUACAUGUCCCCAGAGUUUUUUGAUGCAGCACUUACCCCUCUUGGCUGGCAACAGGUGGACAAUCUGCAGAAGCAUGUUCAUUCCAAAGGUAUUUCAAGGAAGAUUGAUUUAGUAGUUGUUUCCCCUUUAUUAAGGACUAUGCAAACUGCUGUUGGGGUUUUUGGUGGAGGAGGUUUUGAUAAUGGCAUCAAAGCAGCUCCUCUGAUGACGGAAAAUGCUGGGGAAAGUGAUCGUCCAGCAAUUUCAAGUCUCAAUGCCCCACCAUUUGUGGCAAUGGAACUUUGUCGAGAGCGCUUGGGAGUUAACUGGUGUGACAAGAGAAAGAACAUAACUGAGUAUAAGCUUCUCUUUCCUGCUAUUGAUUUUUCACUGAUAGAUACUGAUGAGGACACUCUCUGGACUGUAGAUGUUCGAGAAUCUAAUGAAGAAUUGGCUGAGAGAGGCCAGAAAUUCUUGAACUGGUUGUGGACGCGGGAGGAGUCUGAGAUAGCUAUUGUUACUCACAGUGCAUUCUUAAUUCAUACCCUUUCUGCAUAUGGAGAUGACUGCCAGCCUCCUGUGAAGGAAGAGAUCUGCAGACCAUUCAACAAUUGCGAACUUCGAUCAAUGGUGUUUGUGGAUAGAAGUAUGGCCGCGUCAAGUUCCCCGAAAACUAAUUUCCCAGGAAAAAUACCAGACGGGACAGAUGCUCCUAGCGAAGACAACGUUGAGAAAAACUGAUGGCUGCAUGGUUGUGAAUUUUCCUGAACUAGCUUAAGUUAUUGGGGAUUCUAGCAGAGGAAGUGUAGUUGUGAUUUAUUUAAGUAGCUCAAGUUAUUUAAACUCUACCACCACUCUUUCUUUUAUGAAUUAGACAAACUUCAGCAGAAAAUCACUAUUUUGUACGUGCAUAUAAGCUAAAUAGUCGAUUUUGUCUCAUCGUCAAAUGUACCUUGUAACAAUUUAUCUAUCUAUUUAAGGAUUGUGACAACAAAACUACAAUUAA